CGGGCCUGGAGGCGUCAGAGGCGGUAUCAGGGGAGGCGGUGGCUCCAGAGAUGGCAGUGAGCGAGAGGAGGGGGCUCGCCCGCGGGAGACCCGCGGAGUGGGGCCAGCGGCUCUUUCUGCUGCUGCUGUUAGGAGGCUGCUCUGGGCGCAUCCACCGGCUGACGCUGACGGGGGAGAAGCGAGCCGACAUCCAGCUGAACAGCUUUGGCUUCUACACCAACGGCUCUCUGGAGGUAGACCUGAGCCUCCUGCGGCUGGGCCUCCAGGAGACAGAAGAGAAAGCUCCGCUGGUGGGGUUCAGUCUGACCCGAGUUCGAUCUGGCAGUGUUCGCUCCUACUCAAGCCAGCACUCCCACGACUGCCCUCUCCAUAGAAACAGCAGCAACCUCCUGGUUCUCUUCCUCAUCAACACCAAGGAUCUGCAGGUCCAGGUGCGGAAGUAUGGAGAGCAGAAGAAGCUGUUCAUCUCUCCUGGGCUCCUUCCAGAAGUGCCCUCCAAACCAGGGCUCCCAAAAUCAGAGCACCCGGAUACCCCUAAGGUGGAUGGUGGGACCACCACUGCGCCCGACAAGGCCAAGGCAACACCCACAGUGUCCCAAGGAGACCAGCAGGGCAUCAAUGGGAAGGACCAGGAACUGGUGUUGGGCCUGGGCCAUCUCAACAACUCCUACAAUUUCAGUUUCCAUGUGGUGAUCGGCUCUAGGGCCGAGGAAGGCCAGUACAACCUCAACUUCCACAACUGCCACAACUCCGUGCCAGGCCAGGAGCAACCAUUCGACAUCACGGUCAUGAUCCGGGAGAAGAACCCGGAGGGUUUCCUGUCGGCAGCGGAAAUCCCCCUCUUCAAGCUGUACAUGGUCAUGUCCGCCUGCUUCCUGGCCGCCGGUGUCUUCUGGGUGUCUGUCCUCUGCAAGAACACGUACAACGUCUUCAAGAUCCACUGGCUCAUGGCAGCCCUGGCUUUCACCAAGAGCAUCUCUCUCCUCUUCCACAGUAUCAACUACUACUUCAUCAACAGCCAGGGCCACCCCAUCGAAGGCCUCGCUGUCAUGCACUACAUCACGCAUCUGCUGAAGGGUGCCCUCCUCUUCAUCACCAUUGCCCUAAUCGGCUCGGGCUGGGCCUUCGUCAAGUACGUCCUGUCCGACAAGGAGAAGAAGAUCUUCGGGAUCGUGAUCCCACUGCAGGUCCUAGCCAACGUGGCCUACAUCGUCAUCGAGUCACGUGAGGAGGGCGCCAGCGACUAUGGGAUCUGGAAGGAGAUCCUCUUCCUGGUGGAUCUCAUCUGCUGUGGCGCCAUCCUCUUCCCCGUGGUCUGGUCCAUCCGGCAUCUCCAGGAUGCUUCUGGCACUGAUGGGAAAGUGGCAGUGAACCUGGCCAAGCUGAAGCUGUUCCGGCAUUACUAUGUUAUGGUCAUCUGUUACAUCUACUUUACGCGGAUCAUCGCCAUCCUGCUGCAGGUAGCCGUGCCCUUCCAGUGGCAGUGGCUGUACCAGUUCUUGGUGGAGGGCUCCACGCUCGCUUUCUUCGUGCUCACGGGCUACAAGUUCCAGCCGGCAAGGGAUAACCCAUACCUACAGCUGCCCCAAGAGGACGAGGAGGACGUGCAGAUGGAGCAAGUUGCGGAGAGGAGGAGGGGGCGGGUGCUCACACGGCGCCCCGCUGCCGGGGACCCGAGUUCCUGGAGCCCGUUCGGAAGAAGACAGACAGCCCCCUUUCCCCCAAGUAUUGAGCAUCCUGUCCCCACCUGGGGACCACCCUCCACUUGCUGCUGUACAAUAAUGACCAAUCUGUUUUGCUACCCUGGUGUCUUGCCUUUUGGCGGGGGGUGGAGAGCUAACACAGAGGUUACGUUUGAAAUUUCGGGACCCGUCGGAGCCAGGAGGGCAGGGAGAGGUUGCAGUAUCCAUUGCUUUGCACUGUCCAUAAAUGGUAAUUGAGCCACGGAUGCAUGCGGGCGCCCUAUGCCAGGUCCUGAGGACCGAGCAGUGCCCAAGACCCACCCAGUCCCAACAUCACAGGGCCCUGACCCAGCCUGGGGAAUCAGGGGUGAGCAGAGGGUUGAGGGGAAGGACACAAGUCCAGAUGAGACGACAACAUUUGCAAAGGCUGAAAGGGGGGGAAAAUGGUGAAUGGAUGACCCACAAGGGGUACUGGCUGAGUGCUGUAUGCCACACCCUAUUCUAAGGCCUCCGUGGUCUUUAACUCAUUGAAAAGCAUUCGAGGCACAGAAAGGCUGUGUAACUGACACAGGGUAACACAGCAAACAAGUUGUUGGAAGACUCAGGACUCAAAACGCCAGCAGUCUGGUUCCAGUGCUGCCCUUGACCACUGCAUGCACUGCCCCUCUCACCUAGACGCUUUGUGACCAAGCCUCUUGGCCCUGCCCCCAUUUGCUGUGUGACCCGGUUAAGUGGUUUAAUCUGUUUCCUUGCAUGUAAAACACGGACCCCACAGAGUUGAGUAUCGCAUGUGAUAACGGGAGGCUGUGCCCUGCCACACAGUCUGACUUUUCACAGAUUUCCCUGAAACUUGAGGGGUGACUUCAGGUUAGGGAUGCACCUGUGCAAACCUGCGCACACACCUGUGGGCAGGCUCCCAUGGUGCCCCACUUCGCCCUUUAAUCUCUUGGAGCUCUGAGAAAUACUCCUCCAUAGGGGCCACAGGCCUGGGGCAGAGGGAGGGAAUCAGGCUGGGGUCAAGGCUUCCUGAAAGAGGAAACGUAUAACUGGGGCCAGACAAAGAAGGAAGUGGGAAGGCAUUUUGCAGACUGAGGAAAUUAUGCAGCAAGAUGAUGCCCAGAAUAGCUUGCAGGUUCUACUGUGGGUCUGGCUGGGGCCAGUGGGAGGGCAACAGCAGCUGGCAGAAGCCUAAAGACAGGCAGAUACACUUGGAUUUGAUGCCGGGACCUACUGGGGCCAAGGAAGAGUUUAAAGCAGGGAGGGACAUGGCCAAACAGGGGUGAUGUUUUACGCCACAUGCACGCUGGGGUGUGCAGAGUUGUGGCUCCCCCAAGUUGUCCCUGUCCUAAUCCCCAGAACCUAAGACUGUUCCCUUACAAGAGGCACAUGAUUCAAUUAAGAACCUUGGGGGUUGAGGGGAAAGAGUUCCUUGAUGGCCCAGAGGUUAAGGAUCAGCAUUGUCAAUACUGUGGUUGGGAUUCCAUCCCUGGCCUGGAAACUUCUGCAUGCCCUAGAUAUGGCCAAAAAAAAAUCUUAGAAUGAGGGAUGAUUCUGGAUUAUUCGAGUGGAUGCCAUGUCAUUACAAGACUUGCCAUGUGCUGGGUGCUGGGCUGAACAUUAGCCUUGCGUGAUGCCACCUGCUGUCACCCCAAAACUCAGAAGGAGAUUCUGUGGCUGUGAAUGUCUAAUUUACAGAUGAGGAAUCAAGGCUGGGAGAAGACAGAGCCUGGAAUCAAAACCUCUGCAAAUGGUAUUCUUUCAUUCUUUUUUAUGGCUGAGUAAUAUUGCAUCGCAUAUGUGUAAAAACAUCUUUAUCCAUUCCUCUGUCAAUGGACAUUUAGCUUGCUUCCAUGUUUUGGCUCUUCGGAAGAUAGUGCUGCUUUGAACAUUCAGAUGCAAGUGUCUUUCAAAUUAGGGUUUCUCCAGAUAUAUGGCCAGGAAGUGGGAGUGCAGGAUCAUAUGGUGAUUCUAUAUUUUUUUAAGGAAACUCCAUACAGUUAUCACACUAAGUGAAGUAAGCCAGACUGAGAAAGACAAAUAUCAUAUGAUAUUGCUUAUAUGUAGAAUCUAAAAAGAAAAAAAGGAACUAUUUGUAUUAUGUAAUACAAAACAGAAAUAGA